AGCUACGGCUCGGUGGCGGCUGGGGCCGGGAGCGGCGGCGGGGGCGUGCGGCGGGCUGGCUGACACGCACGCAGAGACACACACACCCCCGUGCGCCGGGCAGCCCAUUUGCUGGAGGGCUGUGCAUGUGCGUGCGAGGGAGUGGAAAGGGGUGGUGGGGAUGGAGGCAGGGAAGCCAGGGGAAAGUCUGACACUCGGCGCAGAAGGAGGGAGACCCUCGGCCGCCGCCGAGCCCGGCUGGAGCCCGCCUCGCUCGCAGCGCCAGCAAAACCCCUCCUGCCGCCGCCGCCGCCGGCCCCGGGCAGCGCCCAGCGCCCAGCGCCCAGCGCCGCGCCGGGCUCCCCGCGCAGCGCGCCGCCGCGCCGGACCCGCAGCAGGUUAAAUUUGGAUUGUUUGAAAAGCGGGGAGAUUUUUCAACAUAGUUCAAGAAAAGAUACAGAAGAAGAGAGCAGAAUGAGAGCUUCCCAAGUACCACAUGCCUGCAGCUUGUUAUCUUUAGCAAUGCUGUUCCUUCCAGUCACUGGAACGUCAAAACAAAAUAUCCCAAGACUUAAGCUUUCCUAUAAAGACUUGCUGCUUUCAAACAGCUGCAUCCCAUUCCUGGGCUCAACAGAGGGGUUUGAUUUUCGAACCCUGCUGCUAGAUGAGGAGAGAGGUCGGCUGCUAAUCGGGGCUAAAGACCACAUCUUCCUGCUCAGCUUGGUUGAUUUAAACAAAAAUGUAAAAAAGAUUUAUUGGCCUGCAUCAAAAGAAAAGGUGGAAUUGUGUAAACUAGCUGGGAAAGAUGCCCAUACAGAAUGUGCCAAUUUUAUGAGGGUUCUCCAGCCCUACAACCGAACACAUGUUUAUGCCUGUGGCACGGGAGCCUUUCACCCUCUCUGCGGAUACAUUGAACUUGGAACUCACAAAGAGGAAACGAUAUUCAGGCUGGAUGCUCAGAACUUGGAGUCUGGCAGGUUGAAAUGUCCUUUCGAUCCUCAGCAGCCGUUUGCUUCAGUGAUGGCAGAUGAGUAUCUUUAUGCUGGAACGGCUUCUGAUUUCCUUGGCAAAGAUACUGCUCUAACACGUUCUCUGGGCCCUUCUCACGAUCACCAUUACAUCAGAACUGACAUUUCUGAACAUUACUGGCUUACUGGAGCAAAAUUCAUCGGAACUUUUCCCAUUCCGGACACCUAUAACCCAGACGAUGACAAAAUCUACUUCUUUUUCCGAGAAAUAUCACAAGAUAGCGGGACAUCUGACAAGACAAUCCUUUCCCGAGUUGGGAGGGUUUGUAAGAAUGAUAUGGGAGGUCAACGGAGCCUAAUAAACAAGUGGACUACUUUUCUGAAAGCUAGGCUUGUGUGCUCGAUACCUGGUCCUGAGGGAGCCGACACACAUUUUGAUGAAUUGCAAGAUAUAUUCUUACUUUCUACAAGAGAUGAGAGAAACCCUCUUGUAUAUGGAGUCUUCACUACGACAAGCUCCGUCUUCAAGGGCUCUGCGGUUUGUGUGUACAGCAUGGCAGACAUCAGAGCUGUCUUCAAUGGCCCUUAUGCUCACAAAGAGAGCGCGGAUCAUCGAUGGGUACAAUACGAAGGUCGUAUCCCGUAUCCCAGGCCUGGUACAUGUCCAAGCAAAACCUACGACCCACUUAUAAAGUCUACCAGAGAUUUUCCUGAUGAAGUCAUCAGCUUUAUAAAACGCCAUCCACUGAUGUACAAAUCAGUUUACCCAGUGACAGGAGGACCGGUAUUCACUCGAAUCAAUGUGGACUACCGGCUGACACAGAUUGUGGUGGAUCACGUCAUGGCAGAAGAUGGACAAUAUGACGUUAUAUUCCUAGGAACAGACAUAGGCACAGUACUCAAAGUUGUGAGUAUCACAAAGGAGAAGUGGACUAAGGAGGAGGUGGUCCUAGAAGAGCUGCAAAUAUUCAAGCACCCUUCGUUUAUCUUGACUAUGGAGAUUUCUCAGAAGCAGCAACAAUUGUACAUUGGUUCCAGGGAUGGAUUGGUUCAGCUCUCUCUGCACAGAUGUCACACGUAUGGGAAGGCUUGUGCAGACUGCUGCCUCGCCAGAGACCCAUACUGUGCCUGGGAUGGAAACUCAUGUUCUAGAUAUGCUCCCACUUCUAAAAGGCGAGCCAGAAGGCAAGAUGUCAAAUAUGGAGAUCCUGUUGCACAGUGCUGGGAUGUGGAAGACAGCAUUAGUCAUGAAACUGCUGAUGAAAAGGUGAUUUUUGGCAUUGAAUUUAAUUCAACUUUUCUGGAAUGUAUUCCUAAGUCCCAGCAAGCCUCUAUUAGGUGGUAUAUUCAACGCUCUGGAGAAGAACAUCGAGAAGAGCUAAAGGCUGACGAAAGGAUCAUUAAAACAGAGCACGGGCUGCUGAUCCGCAGCUUGCAAAGGAGGGAUGCGGGAGCCUAUUACUGCAAAGCCCAGGAGCACACCUUCAUCCACACCAUUGUGAAGCUGAAUUUAAACAUCAUUGAGAACGGACAGAUGGAAAGCACGCAGAAGACUGAGGACGAGGAGGGCCGGGUGAGGGAUUUGCUCACCGAGUCACGGCUGAGGUACAAGGAUUACAUCCAGCUGGUCAGCAGCCCCAGCUUCAGCCUGGACGAGUACUGUGAACAGAUGUGGCACCGCGAGAAGCGGCGGCAGCGGAACAAAGGUGGGGCCAAGUGGAAGCACGUGCAGGAGAUGAAGAAAAAGCGAAACCGAAGGCACCAUGAGCCUGCCCGGCCACCAUCUACAUAGUCUGGAAAUUCUAUUUAAAGAAAGGACAUUUUCCAUGAAAAGAAGAAAAAAUACUGUGUUAUGGUUUUGUGCAUCUUGCGUAUGAGUUAAUAUUGCUUCUUACUGAAAUCAGAUAACUCACCAUCACUAUUAAUCUGUACAAGAUUGUACAGAUCACGGGAUACAGUACCAAAUGAGAUGUUCCUUAUUGGAGUACCACACACCAGGCAAUAAUUUCAAAUGCAUUCAUUAAGAACAAAAGAUGUACACUUUAGCUAAUUUCUGGAUAGCCUGAGGCUACAUGAGUUGUGUUCUGUACUUCUUCUUACAUAAUUUUCACAUAGGAUUUAGUGUCCGUGUUCCCAUGUUAAUACUUGCUGCCAUGUUCCACCCCAGAGGUGGCUAUGUUUCAGAGGAGGACAGAUGUAUUUGUAGUUCUUUGGCAUCUUUCUGAACAAGAAGCACUGUAGAAAUGUGUGACAGAUCUGCAAAAUGCCCUCCCCUCCCUUUACCCACUGGGCUUGUAUAAAGGCUCGUGGGUGGGGUUUGCUAGCAUAGAGAGGCUCAGCAAAAAAAUCAAAUUAAGUAUUGGCUUAGGGACAACAUUCAUUUUCCCCACAAAAAGCAGAAAGCGUAAUCAUAGUUUAAAAGAGGGAAAUUAUAAAGCAUUAUCCAUUAGAGUUUGAGAAGCCAUCAGUUUGCAGUCCAUCUGCUGAAAUGAAAUGUUGACUCUAAUUGAAACUGCCACCAAGAUGCUUGGAAAUAAAUUUCCUAAGUGAUGCGUGGGAGGUAUGUGCACAAAUCCUAUUAACAAAUAAUGGGAUUCCUGCCUGCACCUCUCCUAUCUCUCUAAAGGUUUUAAUCUGACUGUUUCUCUGGCCCUUUGCUAGCUUCAUUUUAUGCAGAGGGAAAGAAAAAUAAAAGACAACAACAAAGCUAAAAGAAAAGACGAUGAGGGAAACAUACUUAGUGGCUGAGACCAGUGCUCUUGACACAGAGCAGACAUUCCUCAGAUGUGUGUAUUCUUUGGGAUUUUUCUCCCAAAGGUCUUAUGUAUUUUUAAGUUGAAAAAAAAUGCAUUGUUGGAAUUAAUACAUUUUAUUAUAAUUAAAUAAAACAAAAGAUGUCCUUGUGUAAAUAAAAUGUGUAAGUUAGAAAUUUGCUAUAGACCAUAAUUUCAUUUGUAAAGUGUUCCUUGUUCCUAGUUUCAUAUUUUGGUUUUAAGAGUCUAAAUCUUUAUAUAUAAGCAGAAACACUGGGCCUCAUUCUUACCUGUUUUACAUCCAUAUGAUUUCAUUGAAUUUAUUCCUGAUUUGCAGCAACAAACACAAGCUCAGAAUUAGGCCUACUGUCUCUUCUCACGAGUCGCUACCCCCCCAUUCUCUCUUCCAUCUAACCUCCCUCCCUUUUGCCUUUCACGCCUUUUUGAGUGUGAAAUGACAAAUUAGGCACUUCCUCACAUGGAAGGGAGCUUUGAUGGAUACCAAAACGACAGACUUUCCUCGUUUCUCAUGCAUUCUGCAGAUCUCGAGAGCAAAGCCUGUGGGAAACCCGUGUAAUUGGUGUGCAACUCAUUAAGGCACUGAAAACUUUGGCACUGCAAGUUGUAGGUCGCCCUUAGCCACGCUGGUGUUUGUGUGUGCAUUCAGGCCCUGGUCCGUAAUUGUGUGGAUACAAUUUGCAUCAUUGUUCAUUUCCUUUCUGCUGAAAGAUACAAAUACGGCAAUGUGUAUGGCGGGUUUCAGGAAGGGAUCUCAGCUUACCCAAGUUUGUACCCUAAAGCUGCAUUUGCAUGUAUUAUAUAAAAGCCAGCGGUACCAUAUGUCAUUAAUUUUAGUUUUUUUUUUUUUUAAUAGGAGAUGUAUGACUUAAUUAGAAGGUAUUAGAUAGCAUGCAUAAAAUGCUUUGAUAGUGUAAAGCACUGAGUGCUAAGUAUUAUAAAAAUAUGUCUGUGGGGAGGAGGGAAUUUCAUGGCACAGGACCUUUAAUCAGCAGAGAGACUGAUGCUGAAGAUACUAACCAGUAGUACAAUAUCUGAGCACCUGCAUAGAACUUUUUGCCUUUUUUGCUGCAAAAGUAACUUAGGCCAGGCAUUUCGCAAGAGACUCAUCAUUUUGGGUGCCUUGAUUUUAAGGCCAAUUAAGCUUUCUCUAAGGAGGUAUGGAGGAUAUUCAACUACUAAAUAUAAAGCACCCUCAGACUGGGAUACUCAAUAUUCUUGACCGGAAGGUUAUGCUGUCACCUUACAGAACCUGCCAAAUUAUUCCUUACUGGAUUUUUAUCGGUCCAUAAAGUCCCAUUUCUCUGACUUGGACUUUAAGUAAAUGAGUGGAAUCACACCAAGUCUAGGUAGUAACACAUGGUCUACAUUUACAUGCGCUGGCAAAGGACUGCUUUUCUCCCAAGUGAUGACUCAAUACUUUAAUUAUUGCAUCUCAAACAGUUCUUAUCCCAUGCUUGCCUUAUUCAUAAACAAGAAAAUCAAUUCCUUCUUCCAUGUUUUUCCUCUUCCAUGAAAACUAAAUCAUCUGAUUUAUGUUUAAAAUGAUUGGGAGUAUGUAUUCUGCAAAUGAAGUAAACCAUUGACUUCAGUAGAAGUCUUGAAUGACUAAUGGUCACAGUGCUGGAAGCAUUAGAUUUGAGUAGUUGAAUUAAAAUGUUAUUACUCCUAAAAAAAAAAAAAACUCCCUUUUAUUUCUUUUAUUCCAAAUGUUGUUGCAAAGAGACUCUUCUUAAAGAAAUUACCUCAUCAGUCUGGGGUAUGGUGGUAGAGUGAAACCCCACAUGAGAUAUAAGGCCACUUUCAUCAUGGGGAAAUAAUUUCAAUAUCCUCCAGAUCAGUGCACUCUGUUGGGUUCAUACCACCCCAGGGAGAGGUAUUUAAUAAUAUUGCACAGAUAAAAAUCUGUGGUUUGAUACAUUGUACAAGAUAUAUCCUGUAGCUCAAACAGCUAACACAGCUUCUCAUAUGUAGCAGAUAAUACACAUGCAUGAUUCCAGGGGACAUUGGAGACCAGUGAAUGAGUUGGACAGAUCAGGGGUCACUAAAGAAGAUAAGACAGGAUUUUGUUAGGUAGGACUCUGUAAUGCAAGGUCACGAGUAGGAGCAGUAGGUCGUUCAGCAACCUGCCAUCCCAGAGGGGGGUUCAAAAGAUGACAUAGCCCAGAAACUGUAACAGGAGAAUGCUGGAAAAGGUCCCCCUCUUUCCAAGAAAAGCUUCACCUUGUAUAUAAUUCAAAGGCUCAAACCUAAAUCUACUUAAAUUUCAAAAUGAGGAUUUGGGGGUCAGUUGUGCUGCUGUGAGCUGUACUACAAGCCACGACAGGCUCAUAGUUAAAAUGAAACCAAACCUAGACUCCUUUAAGAGCUCAAUAAGAAUGAAGUUAAACAAAGUUUUGAUUCAGAGCAGAAAAAAGUUGCCUCCACCUUAAUAACUGUACAUUUUAAACAGAUCCCUUCAUGCAUGUGAUACAAUAUAUUAGAUAUAUAUUGUAUAUACAAUAUAUUAGAUAAGAUAUUUAUGUAUGCAUUCAGCCAGGAGUCUGAUUAUUAAUAAAUAAUAAAUUAUCUUUUCCUUUCUCUGACCCUACUUCAGCAAAUGACUGGAGUUUGAUAGAAGUGCAGUGGUUCCAAACAGAGUCUUAGAAUAACCAGCACAAUGUGAGCUGUAGUUAUAAAAAUGCUGAAAACUGACAUAAGCUUUAAAGCCCAACAGGGUCCUAAACUUCGUAGCAAUCUUGAAGUCAGUUAAAAUAAAACAGAAAAUGGGAUUAGCAGGAAAAGGAAUAAAGUAUUAACACUUGUUGUGAUAAACCAGUUCCAUUACUGGAAACAGCUCCAACAACAGGUGUGAAUUUGUAUACAGGCCAUAAGCAUAUAGCCUUUUUUUCUCUAAGCAGUUAAACUUACACUUGCUUGAGGUAUCUAAGAACCUGAAUACUUUCCAAAUCAUAAGUAGUCUUUGGGCUUGUUCUUAUGUCAUUCACAAUGAAGCUAUUAGGUUAAAUGCUGUGGAGUUCCUCCAGUCCAUGUGCUUUUGAGAUCAGAAGAUCUCUACAGUUUAAGUGUUAAAACUCUUUAAUCUAACCAUUAUCUGUAUUGAUCUGCAUUUAACACUUCAGAUUAUGAACAGUUAUUUGUUAUUAUUACUCAUUAUUCAUCUAAUGAGUCCAUAUGUCUCAUAAUAAUGUCUCAAUAUUUAAUAAUGAAAAUUGAUUUUGCUAAUGAUUUGUCAUAGGAGCAUGUAUAGCUAGCAGGACCUGUGUUAAUGUACUAUUUUCUCUUCAUUUUGUAACAGAGGGUAAUUGCAAAUGACAAAUGUGAUUUCAAGAGCUAAGGUUCAGAUCAGAUUCCACUGUUAGCAAAGACUAAAAUCCUAUUGGCUUCAGCAGAAUUGAAUCUUUGUCUAAAUAUACUAUAAUCUGUUUAUAGUGGAGUAGUCAAACAGCCAAAACGGUGUGCCGUUCUGUACAGCGUGCUGGCCUGGUUCUUCUCUCACACAGUUGCAAAUGAGAUGUGGAGGUCUAAGGCAUUGCAUCUGCAUGAAUGGAGAAUUAAGCCCACAUGUCUCUCCAAUAUAUAUUUUAAAUGGUCUCUAUUGUAAUAUUUUACCAUGGUGUUGCUAAUAUUUCCCUGAAUUAGGCUUCUGUGGUUAGCUGAAGUGUGAAAAUCCUUGCAGUUGUAAUCCAGUUUUCAAGGUUUUUAAAGUAAGUUCAUUACAGCAACAAAAAAGAAGACAUGGGAGAGGGGUUUAAUUAUACAUUGCACAAGACAGAUUUGUAAGAUUUAACUUCAACAUAAUAUCAAAAUAGUGACCACCUUAAAAUGUAUUGUAAACACCAUUUAUUUUUCCUUUUUUGGUCAGGUGAGGGUACGUAACAAAUUAUAAUCCUCAGAUUAUCACCUGCCAACGUGUGGCUGAAACAUCUGUUGUGACAGGAGUAGCAAGAAUGAGUAAUUACUUGUUCGUUUUUUCCCUUCCACCAGUUAAGCUGGUUGUCUCAUGCCUUUGAGACUCUCUCAUUCUCUCAGGCAAUUCUGCUUCCACGUGGAGGAAUAUUGCAGGAUAUGGUGUUUCCUUGAGGUAUAAACGCUCCUAGAAAGUCACAGUAUCAUAGUCUGACUUCAGACAACAACAUUCCUAAGCAUUAGCCUUCGCAUUCAGUAUCAGAUGUAAACCAACUACUGUGAGGUAAAUUGGGAGACCAGGUGGGGUGUGCACCUACAAUGGAAAUUUUGUGACUCUUGCUUAGAGUUCUCCAUUCUCCUUUUGCAUAUGUGGUCAGCGUAUCGAAUUCACCAAUUUAAAAUCAAUCUUUCGUACUUUAAAACAUGGGAUUUUCCAUGUGGUGUAAGGACCAGAAGAACAUUUCCACGUGACUUUUUUGACUGAUAUGGACUGCUGGUUAAUAGUUUCAAACAGUACAAGCCAAGAAAGUCCUCUGUCCAGUCAUAGGUGGCCAUGAUAUUUUUAAUGAGCCCAGAAACAUCUCAGUUUUUGUGGUGCCUCUCAUCCUGGUCCUUUUCUCUUGUGGUAUAGAAGUGCUUUUGGCUUUUUUUUAUGUAUGCAUAUGUGUGUGUGUGUUCUAAUCAUCUUAUUCAUGCUACUUCUACCACUGAACGAAACCAUGUCCAAGGCCAGCCACCUUCUGGACAUGCAACGUAUGACAAAAUAGUAAGUGAGACAGAAGAUUUAGGCAGAUAUUUUCAUCCGGAGAUAACAUAGUAUGUUUGUAGUGGGUAAUGCCUCAUGGGCUGACUGACUAUACUGAGAUGUAAAGGGCACUGUACCAUUUAUCCGACCUUGGCAGAAAUUGAGGAUAAAUUUACAGAAGGUGUAUUUUUUUAAAAAAAUUCUAAAACAUUGUCAAUGUAAAUAAAUACAGAAAAUCUAAUCUGAUAUUAGGCCUGUUAUCUAUCACUGGACAGAAAUAUGCAAAUAAAAAUGCAUUAAAAAAUUUCAGAAAUUUCCACUUUUUAUUUUCAGAACUUUCAGAAAUUUAUUUUCAGAUUUUAAAAUGUUUAUUUAAAAAUCAACUGUCAUUAAAUUAUGUUUUUUAUUUAAACUAUUUUUAAUUAAGAAAAUAUUUUUUCUAAUUUUCUUUUUUUAAAUCUGCACUUUGAAAUCUCUUUUUGUAGGCAAAAUUAGAAAAAAAAUGAGAAAGUUGUAAAUGGAAGUGGAAUGUUAUAUCCAAAUGUAGUUUACUCAAAGCUUAGAAAAAGCAGCAGCAGAGACUGCUUGUGUCCUUGUUUGAAUCUUUACCUGACUUCUGUCAAAGACUUUUCUUAUGAAUUGUAAUAAUCGCAUUUUAAGACUGCAUGUCAACAUAUCUUGGCUGUAAAAACUGGAUUCAAAGUGCAAAUCUGGGAAAGUACAGGCGAAAAUGUUUACAUUAAUUUUUCUUUGUGGAUGAUGCAUGCUUCUCCAUUCCCCUUUCCCCCAGUGACCUAGAACUAUCUCAGGAUGUACACUGGCUGGGAAGAAAGGAAAAGAUUACAAAAGAGUAUCUCCAAAUGCCAAAGUGGAAAGUCAGACUAAAUGGACUUGCCAUAAUGACUUUGAUUAAUACCUCACAUUUGACCAAUAAAUACUAAUAUUUUCUCCUAAGGUGAAAUUCAUCGCUCCUUCAGAAGCCCAGCCCAUGAACUGUGUUCGCUAAAUCUUUUCUAAUUCGUACGGCUUAAAUGGUACAUAGGUUGUCCUUGUGAGUGGGGGUGAAUUUCACUGUUGGAGCAUAACUAUUUAUAGAGUAAUAUGACUGAAACAGUUUGAUAAGAGUGUCUAUUUGUAAAUGACUGCAACUAAUUGUGUUAAUAUUAUAACUGAAAAAUCACUUCAGGCCAAUAAGAAGUGAUGAGUUUGCCAUGCUUGCUAUUUUACUAGAGAUUCCAAUCUUAUCCUCCAAGGUAACUGAAACCAUUAAAUGCAUAUUUCAUUUGUACUGCAAUAAACAGAAAAUUCUGA